CCUUAUCGUCGCGUCCGCAUGGCGCCCGCUCCCGAGAACGCCGAGGCAAUCGUCGCGCGCCUUAACGUCAUCCUCGCGGAAUCUGACCUAGAAGAGACGUCUAUCAAGGACGUCCACAAGGCGCUCGAGAAGGAGUUCGAGGUCUCCAUCGACCAGGCCUUCUUGCGCGAGCACGUGAACGGGUAUCUCGUAGCUAACGCGCGCGCCACUACGAGUAGGUCUCAGAAGAAGAAGAGCUUCCCACCGUGCUCCGGGAGUGGUGCAUGCAGGGUGCAAUGCCUCUGCGAGUGCUAUACCAUCGACGAGGACGAGGAGGAUGAGGUAUGGGACGAGGUGUGCACGUGCGGCCACCGCGCGCAUCAAGGCGAAAACUGGGAGGACGAGCCCGGGUUGUACUGCCCAGACAUCUCGUGCGGCGACGAGGCGUGCGCGCUCGUACCGUGCAUGGCGUGCGAAGAGGAAGCGCCGUCGUGGCUCAUGGAGUGCCACGGCGGCUUUUGCAGUGGCAACUGCGCGAUGGAGAUGGACAAGGCGUGCGGGCCGGUGACGCGCGUCCACGAAGAAGGCGAGUGCCCCAUCUGUCUCGAGACGAGACCGUUGAUCGCGUUGAACGCGUGCGGACACGCGUUUUGCGUGCGAUGCCGAAUCAAGGACACGCGAGCGAAGCUCGCGCGCGCGCGAGAGACGAUCUAUGACGCGGGUGAUGACGGUACAGUGCUGCCCGAUGUCGUCUCCGUGUGCGCGCUGUGUCGCCGCGCGAACCCGGGAAAAAGUUUCGCGGCGCUCGGAGAGCUGUGCCACGCGCAGCACGAAUAUCGCGUCGAGGACAAGGCUCGGCCGAAGACGCCGUGAGAAAGGAACAAGAGCGGCGUGAACACUGUAGGGCCCUAGUAACUAGUGAGCGCAUGAAAUCGAAUACGAUCGAACAGAGUCGAGAAUCGAAUCGAAUCGAGCGUCGUCAGUCAGUAGUCCUCCGUCUGACGGAGCAACUCCGCCGUCUUCCUCAUCCCGCGCGCGUCGAACCGUUGGAACCGCAGGUACCCGCCGUCGUCCCCGAACGCGAGCCAGCGCGUCUCGUCCCCGUCGUCGUCGUCUGUCGCCGGCCGCCACCGCACGCAUCGCACCGCGUGCGCGUCCCCCGCGGGCGCGCCGGGUCGCUGCCCGAACGACGGCGACUCCGCGUCAGCCGAAUCCAAAUUCGCGUCGUCGUCCCCGCCUCCCGCCGCGUCCUUCGUCGCCGCCGCCAGAGCUUCUCUCCUCGACCCCCCCACGGGCGUCAGAUCGAUCGCCGCGCCGAGGUCUCUCAGCCGCGUCUUCUUCCGCACGUGAAUCGUCUUGUUCCCAUAGCCCGCGUGCACCAUCGCAACGCACGCGCCCACCUUGCCCGUGCCGACCGCGACGAGCGCUAUCCCGCGGUCGCCGACAGCGGAGACGUCGACGCUCCACGCCGAGCCCGCGACGCCGCCGGACUCGUGGUUGAACUUGUUCCCGCCGCCCGGUUUCUUCGCGUCGACGCCCCACGCGUAUUCGAUGAUCUGCUUCGCGGGGACGUGGCCGUCGCGGACGUCCACGAGCUCGGGGUUGAAGUGGUCGUGCGUCGCGACCGCGCCGUUGUCCGCGGCGGACUGAGGGUCGAAGG